AUGAGCCAUCUGCAGAACUUGCUGCUGGAUUCCCUCCUGGGCACGAAGCAUGUGGACAGUGCGGCCCUCAUCAAAAUCCACGAGCGGAGCCUGUGUGUAGCAUCACCAGGGUUCAGUGUAAUGCCCAGUGAUGUCCGGACACUUGUGAAUGGGUUUGCCAAGAACCCUUUGCAAGUCAGAAGAGAAGGACUGUAUUUCAAGGAAAAGGACUAUAAAUGUGUCCGGGCAGAUGAUUAUUCUCUUUAUGCUAAGAAUGAAAACACUGGUGUGGUUGUUGUGAAGACCAACCUGUACCUUCUGGUGGCAACUUACACUGAGGGCAUGUAUCCCAGUGUCUGUGUGGAAGCCACAGAGAAGCUGGGAGAAUAUCUAAGAAAAAAAGGAAAUUAA